GUUAAUAUACAAUAAAAAAAAAAGUUAUAAUAUUUUAUUAAACCGCUGUUUCUUAUUAUUGAAAUUAAAAUAUAAAAAUGUUUUCGCGUAUUGCAAAACCUUUUUAUCUUUAUUCAGCCGGUAUAAGCAUCAUUGGUGGUGCAUAUUUAUUAAAAGAUUAUCUUGGUGGAAAUUUAUAUGACAAUACUGACAAAUUAAAUGAUAAAAUAGUUAUUGUAACAGGAGCAAAUACUGGAAUUGGUAGAGAAAUAGCUCGUGAUUUAGCCAAACGAGAAGCUAAAGUUAUAAUGGCUUGUAGAGAUAUGGAUAAAUGUGAAAUUGCACGUCGUGAUAUUGUAAUAGAAAGCCAGAAUAAAUUUGUUUAUUGUAGGGAAUGUGAUUUAGCAUCUCAAGCAAGUAUUAGAGAUUUUGUGAAACAAUUUAAACAAGAGCAUAACAAUCUUCACAUUCUCAUAAAUAAUGCAGGAGUAAUGAGAUGUCCUAAGAAACAUACUAAAGAAGGAAUUGAAAUGCAAUUUGGUGUAAAUCACUUAGGACACUUUUUAUUAACAAAUUUGUUACUAGAUGUUUUAAAAAGUUCAGCACCAUCAAGAAUUAUAAAUGUUUCAAGUAGUGCACAUAAACGUGGAAAAAUUAAAUUGGAUGAUUUAAAUAGUGAAAAAAAUUAUGAGCCGGGUGAAGCAUAUGCACAAAGUAAAUUAGCUAAUAUUCUGUUCACAAAAGAAUUAGCAAAUAAAUUAAAAGGAACUGGUGUUACAGUAAAUGCAGUACAUCCUGGUAUAGUACGCACAGAAAUAAUGCGACAUAUGGGAAUUUAUCAAUACUAUUUUGGUAGAUUGCUCGCAGAUUUAUUAACAUGGAUAUUUAUAAAAACACCUUUAAAAGGAGCGCAACCGAUUUUAUUUGUUGCAAUAGAUCCAUCUUUGAAUGAUGUGACUGGAGAAUAUUUUGUUAAUAAUAAAAUAGCAGAUGUUUCAAAUGAAGCAAAAAAUGAUCAAAUUGCAAGAUGGUUAUGGAUAGUUAGUGAAAAAUGGACUAAAUUAAAUUAUAUGUAAAUUGAUUUAAAUAUAAUAAAUUUUAUUAAAAUUUA